AUGCCUGUUGAUCCAGAAAAGUUAGCUAAAUUGCAAAAGUCAACCGCAAAGAAGGUUGGAGGCUCAAGAGUCAAAGCAAAGAAGGGAGUCAAAACCGAACAAGAUGACACCAAAUUAAUUGAGACCUUAGGUAAAUUGAAAGCCACCAAAAUUGAAGGUGUGCAAGAAGCCAAUUUUUUUAAAGAAGAUGGUAAGGUUUUGCAUUUCAACAGAGUUGGCGUUCAAGGUGCACCAGCUUCCAACACAUUUGCUUUUACCGGAUACCCACAAGAAAAGAACAUUACUCAAUUAAUUCCACAGAUUUUGCCCCAAUUGGGUGCUGAGAAUUUGGAGAUCUUGAGGCAAUUAGCCGAGCAAAUUCAAGCUGGUAAGACUCCAAACGACAUUAACACUGGUGCUGCCGCUGCCAAUGAAGAGGGUAACGAGGAUAUUCCAGACUUGGUUGAUCAAAAAUUCGACGAUGUUGAGUAA